GGCCCGAAUAGCGCUGCCAACCCCCGGGCCCGGGGGCGCCUCGGCGCAGCCAUGAUCCGGGCGUUCUCGUUCCCCGUGAGCCCGGAGCGGGGCCGGCUCCGGAGCUGGCUGGAGGGCAGCUUGGCCGGCCUGUGCGAGCUGCACUUGCUCCGGGAGCGCCAGGAGCUGCGCGUACAGCGAGCCCUCCGCCUGGGGCCCGGAGCCGCCCAGCCCCCGGACCCGGGGCCCGGAGGGGCCGGCGAGGACGAGGAGGACGAGGGCGACGAGGAGACGGCGCGCCGAGCGGCGGCCGCCCUGGAGGAGCAGCUGGAGGCCCUACCGGGCCUGAUGUGGCAGCUGGGCCAGCAGCUGGGGGAGCUGAGCCUGGAUCCUGACGGCGGCGACAUGGACACCGGCAGCUGGCCCAGCUCAGGUUUCUAUGAGGGUCCCGGCUCGGCCGCGGCCCCGGACUCCCCGCCGCCGGCCUUCGGGGGCGACAGCGGCUUCUCGGGCUCCGGGUCCUACGGCCGCCUGGGUCCCGCCGAACCGCGCGGGGCCUACGCCUGCGAGAGGCCCAAGUCAGUAGGAGACUCGGGGCCCAGCCCCCGGGAGAGCGGCGCCCGCGGCAUGGUGCCCCGUUCCCUGUCGGCUCCCUACCCCAGCGGGCCGGAUGGCGGCGGCGGUUCAGGCGGCGGUUCAGGCGGCGAGCGGCGAGCCCCGUUCCUGUCCCCCGGGCCCCUGCCCGCCGUGGCCCUGCAGAGCCCCCUGCCCUGCCGCCGGCUCUACCCCGACUCGCCCUUCUCGGCCGCCCAGGCGCGGGGCUUCCCCCGCGAGGCCCCGGCCCCGCCGCCCGAUUUCGACCCCGACGGCCCGGCCCCGGACCCGGCGCGCGGCCGCCGCGUGGAGAACUACAUCAGCGGGCUGCUGCGCCGGCGGGGCCGGCCGGGGAAGCCCCGCACCAACCUGGGGGCCCAGGAGGCCCCGGCGCCCCCGCCCGCGCCCCGCCGCCAGAACAGCCUGCGGCAGCGCCCGGCGGACCUGUCGCCCCCCGGGGGCCCCGCGCGACCCCCGCACCCGCCGCCCCUCGAGCGGCGCAGCGGCUCCUCGUCCCCGUGCGGCUACGAGGCCGGGCCCGGGGCGGCCCUGGCGGCCCGCGGCUGGGCGUCGUGGGACUCGGAGCGCCGCAGCCCCCCGCCGCCGCUGCACUCCAGCCUCCCCAAGCCCCCGCGGCUGCAGGCCGCGCCGCGCCCCGCCCUCUCCAUGGACCUCUACCCGGGACCGGGGGCGGGACUCGACGCCUACGAGGCCGGGCUGGCCCGCUUGGACGCCGCCGGGCUCCCGUCGGGGCUGGGGUCGGGGCUCCCCGCCGGCUCGCCGCCGCCCAGCCCGGGCGAGGAGCAGCUGGUGAAGGCGCAGUACAUCCCGGCGCAGGCGGGCGCCCGCGGCCCCACCGCCCUGCACCACCGCGCCGCCCGCCGCAAGGGGGCGCCGCCGCUGGCCAAGGGCCGCAGCAUCGAACUGUCGCCCGAGCGCGGCGCCCCCUCCGCGCCCGCGCCCGCGCCCCCGCCGCCCGCGCCCCCGCCGCCCCCGCCGCCCCGGGAGCGCCCCCGUGCGGCCGGAGCGGGCGGCGGCGCCGGCGGCCCCAAGAAAUGCCGCUUCACCGACGGGGCGGCCGGCGGCCGGCGGGGCUCCCCGCGCGGGAAGAAGGCCGCCCGCUCCCAGUCGGAGAACAGCCUGCUCAACCGGCCCGGGGCCGCCCCCGGCGCCCCCAAGUACCACACGGUGGAGCGCGAGGAGCCGCGGCCGCCCCGGCCCCGCAGAGCCCCGCACGGGCCCGCCCCCGGCCCCGCCGGCUACCGCAAGUGGCGCUCCACCGCCGAGAUCAGCCGCGACGACGGCCCCGGGCCGGGCGGCUGCGGGGCUCCGCCCAACGACGGCCGCCGCGGGAAGCGGGCCGGCCGGGCGCCCGGGGCGUCCCCCCCGCCGCCCCCGCCGCCGCCCCCGCCGCCGCCCCCGCGGCCUCUGCUCUACGGCUACGCCGGCAGCGACUCCGAGUGCUCGGCCGGUCCGGCCGGGGCGCCGGGACGCCGGGGCCCCGCGGCCUACGGCGGCCUGGGCUACGGCGACAGCGAGUCCAGUCUGAGCGAGGGCGAGUCUCCGGCCUUCAGCUCCGGCUCCAGCGACACGGACGGCAGCGGCGGCGGGCUCGUGUGGCCCCAGCAGCUGUCGCCACAGCUGGUGGCCGCCGCGGGUCCCGGGGGGUCGGGCCCCGGGGGGACGGGCUGCGGCCCGGGUCCCGGCCCCGGCCCCGGCUCCGGUCCCGGCCCCGGAGCGGGGCAGCCCAAGGUCUUUGUCAAGAUCAAGGCGUCGCACGCCCUCAAGAAGAAGAUCCUGCGCUUUCGCUCGGGGUCACUCAAGGUCAUGACCACCGUCUGAGCCGCCCGCUCCCCCCGCCCCCCCGGGACCCUCCCGGGACCCCCUCCUCCCCCACACGGACCCUCCUCGUCCCAACUUCCACGGCCCCCGGUCCCGACCCCUCCGUCCCUGCGCCAGGAAGCCCCCGGGGACCCGCCCCUCGGUUUCUCCGGUCCUCUUCCCGCCCCGGCCAGUCCCUGGACGUCGGGGGAGGGAAAGGCGAUGACCUCACGGGCAGAACGGGGGGGGGGGGGGCGGCCCGGCCGGUCUCUUUCUGACGUCAGAGAAUGUUU